CUUCCCCAACCCACGUGACGACAAUCCUAACCAACCUAGAACUUUAGGUAUUCCGUGUUGCUACCCAAUUUCCUUCCUCAGCCAUGCAUUCACGUCCACCUCACGACACCCCGCCAUCCUAAUCAUCAGAAAAUCGCUUUUGCAGUGAAGCCCCAAAGCUUGCUGACGCCAUGGCUGCCCCGCGCGAAAGCUGGUCCCUGACCGAGCACCUCCUCGCAACGCAGGAGGCCCUCUACAAGUCGGCGACGCAGCACCCGUUCCUGCUCGCCGGCGCCGAGGGCCGCCUGCCGAAGGACAAGCUCAGCCGCUGGCUCGCCAACGACAGGCUGUACAUCCAUUCGUAUAUCCGUGCGGCUGGCCAGCUGCUCGCGUCGAUCGACCUGCCUCAGCAGAUCGCCCAGUCGCAAGAGGCAUUCGAGACGCAGCUGGCCGACUGGCUGAUUGAGGCGCUCGUCGCCAUCCGCAAGGAGGAGCGCUUCUUCAUCGACGUUGCAAAACGCUACGGGUUGGGCAUUGAAUUAGUGAUCCCGCUGCCUCCUGCCUCGCAAACCGCCGCCGCCGCCCAGGACUCUACAGGCAGCAACGCGCCGAGCACUGGCACCGACCAAGGCGGAAAACUCCCCGGCCUUACCCUCUUCGAAUCCAUUUUCGCUUCCAUCACCACCACCACCCCUUUCCCACCCUCAGAGAGCGCCAAACCCAUCACCACCGCUGCCGUCGGCACCUCCCCACCCGCCCUCCUUCCCUGGCUCGAAGGAGCGCUCACGUUCUGGGGCACCGAGCGCUGCUACCUGGACGCGUGGUCCUGGGCGCGCGACAAGGCGCAGCAGAGGAGCGGGGGCGGCGAGUCUGACCGUCCCAGCGGGGACGAGGCGCAGGAUGCCGACGGCGGCGCGCUGCGCCGCGAGUUCAUCCCCAACUGGAGCAGUCCCGAGUUUGCGGCGUUCGUGGACAGGCUGGGGACGCUGAUCGACGCUGCUGUGGUUGCGGUGCUGGAGGGGAAGGAGGGUGAGGAGAGGGAGCGGGUGAAGGCGGAAAUUCUGGGUAGAGUCGAGGGCAAGUGGAAGUCGCUUCUGGAGGCGGAGAGGCUCCAACCCGGUGAAGCGGCGUCUUCCAAGCUUAUUGUAGUUCUCAGCAGAAUCGAAACGACGCUCGAAGCGCUAGACAGCCGCCUCCAGGCGCUGGAGAACUCAUGGCCGACCCUCACGAACGGUGCGAAUGGCGUCGAAACAUCCUCGGACACCAACUCAGCUCGUAUCAAGUGGACCACCCAUACAGGUUUCGUCACAAAACACCGAGUGAAUCCCGACGGAAAGAAGGAACUGCAGGAGAUUGUUGUCGAGAAGGGGGAGCUGCUGGCGCUGCUGGCUCGCGUCUCCAGUCCAUGCCUCAAUCGUGACCGUGACUGGCUACUCAUCGACAGAGAACGUGGCCAAAAAAGCUUCAGCUUUCCGUUCACAGAGUUGCGUGCCUACCGGGACGUCCUCCGAUUCAUUUCCGGCGAGACCGGACCGGUGGAUGAUGAGCUCCGUGCGGUUUUCUCCGCGCAGCCAUUUUCCGUCCAGCUGCAGCGAGGUAUCACGGAUCUGUUGGAUUGCCUCAACGAACUUUCCGAUUUAAACUGGGCAAGGGACGCGAAGUUUGUUCGAAAUUCUGUUCUUUUCGACGACUUACCAACCAUUCUCUCCCCGGGGAUGCUACUUUUGGGCACCUCGGAGCAAGAUGCUCAGCAGGUUGUCGAAGUUUCCGCCUGCGAGAUGGUCUCAGUGUCGCCGACCUCUCGGAGCCUUGUGAUCGAUUGCUGGCAUUUCAGGUGGAACGGGUCGUCUUUCUCCCGGACGAGUUGCCGCUUUGUGCUGGAGCGGUUUAGCGGAACGAUGCCCGUAGAUCGCUUACCGUACCGGCCCCUCCUCAGCAUGGACUUCGGAAAAUCUAUCGCAGAGCUGAAACAUCUCAUGGAAAGAAAUAGAGCGCACCUUGAGGUCUUGAACAACAUUUCGAAAACUGAAAAUGGAGACUACCCGCUGUGCAAUUGGUUCCCUGGCGCAGAGAAUGACGCGGAGCAGCGAUCGGGGGACAGCGAGUGUGUCAUCCUGGACCCCGAAGCUUUCGCUCUAAACACCGCCGAAGGAACGACGACGCAGUCGAGCGUCCGCUGCUACUGCACGGUCUGUACCAACUCGUGGACCACGGCAAGCAUCUUGGAGAAUCCCAGAUACUUGUUGCUCGCACCUACAAGGGUGGAGGGCUUCCAUCUCAGAACCAAGAAAUGGGUUACGCUUCCCAUUCGCGAGCUUUGUCUCAGCCCGGAAAGCGAGAACGCGGACGCCAUGGACACUGCAUAUCUCGGCAAGGCCCGAACUUCGUCUCUCAAGAACAAGCUCGCCUCGUAUUUUGCGAAGCGCGCCAGGGUCCUGAGGAUGUCAAAGCGAGGUCAAUCUGCUAGCGUUGUGGAGCGAGGAUUGGGGCGAGGGUUAGUGCUUCACUUUCAAGGUCCGCGCGGCGCCGGGAAGAUGGCAGUUGCGUCGUCACUGGCUGCUCAUUCUCGACGGCCGCUUCUCUCCCUACGCCCUGGGGAUUUGGGGUUGGAACUGGCGACAUUUGAGAGGAAUCUCUCCUUUUACUCGGGCCUUAGCCUUCGCUGGGGGGCUGUUAUGUUGCUGGUCGAGGCAGAUGACUUGUUAAAGGCGAGGGAGCCAGCCGACAUGGCGCGCAAUGCCCUCAUCGCCGCUCUGGCAGACAAGCUCGAACAAUUCAGGGGAGUUAUGAUCUUCCUGUCGAGCCCGCUCGCGGAAUUGGAUCACGCGCUGGUCCCGUACGUCCAGCAGAUCAAGUUCUUUCUUAACCCCGAGCGAGUCCGGAACGUGUUCUGUCUCUACCUGGAUCAGCUCGACAAGGAUUUCGCUGAGUCCAGAGAUGAACUGGCGGAUUGGGUAGAGGAGGCUGUGGCGAAGUUGCAGCUGUCAGGAACGGAGGUGCGCGAAAUCUACCACGGCGCGGUUGAGCAAGCGAAAACCGAGAGGCGGAAGUUGGCUCUGAAGGAUCUCAUCAGUGCCUACACGACGAAGACCGGGCGACCAAGCGAAUGGGACUUCGUUACCGAUACAACGCUGUAUGGCAGCGAUCAGAACGGUCAGAGGGCAACGACGCCUCAGGUUGCUGAACAGUUAUUCCGACUCUUUGGCCCGGCCGCUUGGCUGCCCGACGAUGGGCGGUUGACACUCAACUUCACGGAGGCUUUCUUGUCUACUUGCGCAGCGCCAGCUAGGGCGCUGGAAACCAUCACACAACUGGGCAACCUCACACAACAGCUGCAUAGGACUGGCGGCAUUCAAAUUGUGGAUUGGGGUUGGCCGCAAGGCCUAUGGGCCCCAACUAAGGGUCUAGUAUAUCGAACCCAACCUCAACUGACAAAUGAAACUCCCAGAACCCCGGCAGAGCAAUGGGCAGACGCUGGGUUUACGCUCGGAAUACACCUAGUUGACGGCCAAGGUAGCAAACCGUGGAGGAGGCUGGUGCUUUCCAGAACUCAGCCGUGGUUCCAUACUGUCUUUUUCGAGUUGACUCGAUCUUUGGAUGAGACCCAGAGUCGGGGCGCUGCCGAGAUGAGGAACACUGUCCGUUUAUAUAACUGGAAGAUGUUCACAGCACCGGCAAUGCCAUUCCGUGAGUAUCGGAGCGACCCUAUCCGUUGGACUAUUGUCUGUCUUGUGCCGGAAAACUUCUGGAGUUUUGGGGAAGCGUACGAUGUCUGUGAGGCGCCGAAGCUCAGUUCACAGUCAGCAUGCUAUGUUGCCAUGGCGCUGGGCGCUGUACUCACCCGCUGGCGAGACGUCCUGAUGGCCUUUGACGCCCUGGCGGGUAGUAGCGGCGACGUGCUGCGACGGCAAGAUCAACUACAAGACAUCCUCUUCGACGAUGACGCCUUUUCGACGUCCAAGCGGUAUUUUUGGAUGCUCAACUUCAUCAACGAGGCCAUCAAGCUGCUGGACGACUCGAUGCAACAGUGCAGCCACUACCGAAAAUGGUUUGUAACGCCAUAUCAGAACGGCUCCCGAACCCGCCGAGAGUACUGGGAUUGCAAGUCGCAGGAAGUGCUAUCGCGGGCCGGGAAACAGGUGGAAGAGGCUUGUGAGGAGUUCAAGCUGUUGCGGCAGGAAUUUCAGGAAAGAUUGGAUCGCAUCACGGUUUUGAGGGACGGUCUAGGGGAGAACGUCAAGCUUCUCACCUUCGUCAGCAUCUUCUUCCUCCCACUCGGUCUCUGCGUGGCCAUCUGGAGCAUCAACGAAAACUACAGCCGCGCCAACCUCAUCCUCGUGACCGCCAUCGUCGCCGCCGCCACGUACGCCGUCACGUUCAACCUCAACAACCUGGUCGGCGGCCUGCGCGGCGUGUUGGCGCCGAGGCGCCGCGCGCUGCUCGAGCAGAUGGAGCGCGAUCCCGAAUGGAGAACGCUGGGCCUGAGGUUCAAGGCAUUCCAGCGGUCGGAGACGGGGACGCGGAGGCCGUCGGAGUGGUUGAUUGUGCUGUUCUGGGCGAGGCAGAUUGUGGACUGGAACAUCAGAAGCCAGGCGUCAACUGCGCUAUCACUUGCUCUCUAA